UGUUAUCAAUACAAUAUAUCCUACUUUAGACUGAUAUAAAUUAUUUAGCCACAGUUGGCAAGUUUCAGUGUUGACGGCAAGACAGAUAAGCCAUGGCUCAACUUCCACCUCCACCGCCAGCCAUUAAGGAUCCGGAAAUAAAAUAUACACAGAUUUUCAUCAAUAAUGAAUGGGUAAACUCUGCCAGCGGGAAGACCUUCCCGACGAUAAAUCCGACGAAUGGCAAGAAAAUCUGUGAUGUUCAAGAGGGUGAUAAGGCAGACAUUGACAAGGCAGUUGAUGCGGCUAAGAAGGCCUUUGAGUUCGGCUCGGCAUGGCAAAAAACGGACGCCAGCAAAAGAGGAGUGCUUUUAAACAAACUUGCCGAUCUUAUUGAGCGAGAUAGAAUUUACAUUGCUAGUUUGGAAACUUUAGACAAUGGUAAACCAUUCAAAGACUCCUUCUAUAUAGAUAUGACAGCAACGAUCAAUACACUCAGGUACUAUGCCGGCUGGACUGAUAAAAUACAGGGGAAAACCAUACCUAUAGAUGGAACGUUUUUCUGUUACACGAGGCACGAACCAGUAGGAGUAUGUGGACAAAUUAUUCCGUGGAAUUUCCCUAUAACCAUGAUGGCUUGGAAGAUUGCUCCAGCACUUGCCUGUGGCAACACGGUGGUGAUCAAACCUGCAGAACAAACUCCACUCACUGCCUUGUAUAUGGCACAGCUAAUCAAGGAGGCUGGAUUCCCGGCAGGAGUAGUCAAUGUGGUUCCCGGGUAUGGACCUACAGCCGGAGGAGCCAUAUCCUCACAUCCGGAUAUUAAUAAAGUAGCAUUCACAGGAUCUACAGAGGUUGGCCAGCUCAUCAUGCAGGCAGCUGCUAAGUCCAAUCUGAAGAGAGUGACUCUGGAACUUGGCGGGAAAAGUCCAUUUGUCGUCUGGAAGGAUGCUAACUUGGAUGUCGUUGUUGAGUGGGCCCACCAGGCUAUUUUCUUCAACAUGGGGCAGGUUUGUACGGCAGGCUCUCGAACAUACGUCCAUGAGGAUAUUUAUGACGAAUUUGUCAAGAAAGCAGUAGCACGUGCCAAGGCAAAGACUAUUGGAGACCCCUAUGAUGUGAAAAGUGAAUAUGGACCUCAGGUUAGCGAGGAACAGUUUAACAAGGUUCUUGAAAUGAUUGAAAGUGGAAAGAAGGACGGGGCAAAGCUGGAGUGUGGUGGGGCCAGACAAGGGACAGAGGGGUAUUUCGUGCAACCAACUGUUUUCUCAGACGUAACAGAGAAGAUGAGAAUAGGAAAAGAAGAGAUUUUCGGACCAGUCCAGCAGAUAAUUAAAUUCAAGGAUAUGGAAGAUGUUAUCCAACGGGCUAACGAUACAAAAUACGGUCUGGCAGCUGCUAUAUUCACACAGGAUUUAGAUACUGCUAUGACGUUUACAAGCAGGGUUAAGGCAGGAAGCGUAUGGGUUAACUGUUACAACGCUAAUUCUCCAGCUGCUCCAUUUGGUGGAUUCAAAAUGUCAGGUGUCGGAAGAGAACUCGGAGAAUACGGUCUACAGCAGUACACAGAGGUGAAGAACGUUGUUGUGAAGACCCAGACCAAGUUGUAAAUCAGUUACAGAAUACAUCUACCUAACUGCGACGACAAGAAGGAAAUAGACCAAUACUUGGAAAAUGAUAUUACACAUGAGGCUAUCUUGAACUUUUAUUUACAUUCUGUAAUAUGUAAAUAUAGACCGAAAGAAGAAAACAGAAAUAAGUCUAGAAAAACGAAAUUUUGCAACUUGAUAAUAUUUACUAUAGUACAUAAAGCCUCAAAAUAUAUACGACCUCAGGGUGGACUAGAAAAUUAAUGAUUUCCUUCUAGAGCCUUAAAACAUAUGAACAUUUUCUCUUGAACAAAGAGAAUUGCAUGUUAAUAUGGUAAAUGCUUCAAUUCAAACUUUAAGAUUGUCAUGGGUGGACAUGUGCAUUAUGUUUUCAUGUUGCAAUUAAUUUAUCAGAAAUAAAGGAACUAUUACCUA